AUGCAACAAGAUUUAUCAGCUCAAACAGCAACAACGGAGGACAAUGAUGCAGCCUUGAAUACAACUGCACCGGCCUUCUCGGAAGAGAGCGAAAAACUGGCUCUAUUACUUGGGCAACAACGAGAUUUUAGCAAAAUAGGAACGUUUUUAAUUCUUGUUCCGAUCCUAUUCGGAACAACCUUCUGUUGGGAGCGAGGGCCAACUACAUUUCUCACUUUGGCAUUAGCGGAGCUUGCUCUUCAUCUCAUCUUGAACAUAUGCAUUGUUAACUAUGCCAAAACGUUGCAAUCAUUUUGUGCUGGCAAUAUUUGUCGAUUGACGUUCAUGAUCGUGAUGAAUUUAUUAAUGUAUUAUUGUUAUGGUCCGUUUGUCCCUUAUCACGUUUUCUCAACUUUUCGAAUUUUAAUAGCCUCAGGAACGGCCUUUCUUGAUAAUCGAUUGUUUGUUACAAUUACUAUAGGCUUGUCAGGGUCCACGUUGGGUGGCAUGUACCUAGCCUUUGUGAGAGAGAAACACUUAUUGACCCCUGAUGAGGAAAUUAGGUUUUACCAACGACUGAUAGAAGUGUUCACAUUACAUUACACAAUCUUUUUAGGGUCGUUUCUAUUCUCUCUCUUCAUGAAAAAGAGAUAUGAAGAAAAGCAUAAUACUGACAUGGCAAUUGCAAGAGAAAAACUUAUCAACAAUGAAAAGACCCAAUUCAUUGCAAAUUUGAGUCAUGAAGCAAGAAAUUCAUUGCAAGGAAUAAUGGCCACUGUGGAAGUGUUGAAACACAAAUUUCAUGAUGGAGUUUGCAUGAAAAGUUGUGAACAUUGUUUCAAAAAAGAUAGUGCCAUCUCUGAAUUGAUUGGAGACAUUCAAUCCAGUGCAUCUCUUUUAUUACACAUUUUAUCAUCAUCAUUGCAAAUGAGUUCACUUGAAAUGGGAAAGAUCAAAUUGAAGAAUGAAGAAUUCAACAUUCUUUCAUUAUUUGAAUCCAUGACAGGAGUAUUCUCAUUGGAAGCACAAGGAAAGAACCUUUCUCUGAAUUCAUUUUUCGAUGCUUCAAAAGUUCCAUUGAAUUUGAAGGGAGAUUCAGUUCGAGUGAGUCAAAUAUUGAUGAAUAUCAUUUCAAAUGCCAUCAAAUACACAUCUCAAGGUUUUGUGAGAGUGAAUUGUACAUGUGUUGAUGAAAAAGAACUCUCAGAAUUGUACAAUGAAAUUGAAGAAGACAAGAGUUAUGUGAAAUUUGAAUGUAUUGACAGUGGAUGUGGAAUUGCUCAAGAUCAAAUUGGAAAAUUAUUUCAACCUUAUCACACUAUUGAUCCCAACACGGAUGUCACGCAUAGAUUCGAUUUUUAUUUCAAGACAGCGUCCAACAUUAGUAGUGAUAAUAAUGCAGGAAGUAGUUUGAUUAACACCAAUAGAAAUGGAUUGGGAUUGAAUAUUACGAAAUUGCUUGUGGAGAAAAUGAAUGGAAAAAUAAUUGUUGAGAGUGUCAAAGGAAAAGGUACAACCAUCUCUGUUGUGAUUCCUCUCGAGAUAGCUUCAAACCAUGCGCACUCUGAAGAUAGAAGUGAAGGACUAACACACAAAAAUGUAUCUCAAAUAUUGGAAAAGCCUGUUCAAGCAGGAAAGAAGGUAAUGGUGUACAUCAUUGAUGAACACAAGAGCUUUAGAGACUGUUUAAAAGCAUAUUUAGAAAUAUUUAAGAGAGUACGUUCUGUUAAGGAAUUUGAAUCUGUAGACAAAUUUCUUGAACUUUUCUCUGAAACAACGAAAAACUUUAAGGACGAGAUGCAUAUCGUUUUCUGCCAUGAAACCGAGUAUGAGAAAAUAUCCACUGCUCUUGAUGGAGAGCCUGUUAGUAUUAUUCUUACAGUUUUACGAGGUUCAAGCAGGUUAUUUCCAAACAUGAACUAUCUCUCUAAGCCCAUCCUAUUUGGAGAUUUAGUAGCGAUUUUUGAUGACCAAGAAAUGGUAAAGCAGCAAAACAACAUCAUCCUGGAAAAGAGGAGAAGCUCGUUAGGAGAGCUUGCCAACAAAUCAGUACUCUUGGCAGAUGAUAAUGCAGUGAAUCGAAAAAUAUUGGUGAACAUGCUGAAAAUUAUUGGUUUCAAAGACAUUGACACUGCAAAUGAUGGAUUGGAUUGUUUCAACAAAUUCAAGAAGAAGGAAUAUUCUUUGGUUUUAUUGGAUUGUUUCAUGCCUGUCAUGACAGGAAGAGAAUCAUGUGAAAUGAUUCGAAAUUUUGAAAAACAACGAGAGAAUGGUGAAAAACGAGUUCCAAUUUUCGCCAUCACUGCCAACACAUGGGAAACGAAAGAACAACUUUUAUCUCAAGGUUUUGAUGAUGUUUUAUACAAACCCAUCUCAGUACACGAUUUGAGACAACGGAUCCAUGAGGCUGUCACUUGCGAUAAACGAUGA